AUGCUAAAUUGGCCAGGUAUUGCCAUAACAAGGAGAAAACUAAUCCUGUCUCGACAUUUUUUAUUGAGACGGAGGCCGAUAAUUGCUUCAAAUUCUUCUUUAUGGCUCUUGGACAAUGCAUUCGAGGUUUUCGAAACGCUAUGCAGCCCCUUUUCUAGUCGACAGUACAAAUCUAAAAUCCAAAUACCAAGGCAAGUUGAUUUUUGCUACAUAUCAAGAUGCAACAUUCAAAUUUACCCUCUUGCAUUCGGCAUAGUUGAUAAUGAGAAUGAUAUGUCGAUGCGUUGGUUCUUCACAAAGUUCAGGGAAGUAAUCGGAGAAGUCCAGGACCUUACAUUUGUCACCGAUCGGGGACAAUCUAUAAUAAAUAGCAUUGCUGAAGUUUUUCCUAAUGCACAUCAUGGGUAUUGCAUGUAUCAUAUACAAGGUAACUUGAAGAUCUUGUAUCGGGGCAAAGACAUCGUUUCAUUGUUUAGGAGAGUGACCAAAGCUUACAAUAUUGAAGAGUGUAAUAGAUACAUGGUUGAAAUAGGAAGCAAAUCAUUCUCGGGAUGGGACUAUCUAACGAAAAUGGGGAUUGAACAUUGGGCGCGCUCAUAUUUUUCAGGAUGUCGAUACAAUAUGAUGACGUCAAACAAUGUGGAAUCUCUCAAUGCAUUAUUUAAGAGAAAUCAAGAGUUAUCCAUUCUCGUACUGAUUGAGAAUAUCCGUACGAAGCUACAACAGUGGUUUCACAAUCGACGUGCGGGAUCACAUAAUUGCAUAAGCGUGCUAGCCCCAGCACAAAAGGUAAAGCUCUUCAAGGCUGCAGAGGCCACGAGAAAGUUAAAUGUCGAACCACUAGACGAGUCGCGCUUCUCUGUGGAAUGUCUACGUCACGCGACAUACAUGUUAGAGAGUUUUCCAUGUGAGCAUGCAGUUGCAAUGGCUAUGUAUCGAGAAUUUACAGCGAGAACAUUGUGCUCUACUUAUUACACUGCUGAAAACUGGAGAGCUGCGUAUGUUGAAACCAUAUUUUCGCUUCCAAACGAAGCCAAGUGGGAAGUUUCCGAUCAUAUUCGCCCAUUCAAUACAUUGUCGCCACCUCUCAUUGAACCACGUGGUCCUGGACAUCCAAGUACUUCUAGAAUACCAUCUACUGGAGAGUUUUCCCGACCGUGUAGGUGUAGCAGGUGCAAAUCAGUAGGAUAUACUCGUCAAUUUUGUACAAGUCAGGUUCCCUAA